CCAGCAUGGCUGCGCCCGGAGCCGAGCGCCACGGGGUUGCCGCCCCCUCGCUUUCCCGCUAGCCCUGGGACUUCCUCGCCGCACCAGCAGACAUGUUCACCAAGGCCUUUCGGGUCAAGUCCAACACGGCCAUCAAGGGGUCGGACAGGAGAAAACUUCGGGCCGAGGUGACCACUGCUUUCCCCUCCAUUGGAGCAGAGCAGGUCUCUGAGCUAGUGCCUGGAAAGGAGGAGCUGAACGUUGUGAAGCUGUAUGCUCACAAAGGGGAUGCAGUGACUGUGUAUGUGAGCGGUGGUAAUCCCAUCCUAUUUGAAUUGGAGAGAAAUCUGUAUCCAACAGUGUACACUCUGUGGUCAUAUCCUGAUCUCCUACCAACCUUCACAACGUGGCCUCUGGUACUCGAGAAGCUGGCAGGGGGAGCAGAUUUGAUGUUACCAGGAAUAGUGGUGCCCCCUGCUGGUCUGCCUCAAGUACAGAAGGGUGAUCUAUGUGCCAUUACCUUGGUGGGGAACAGGGCCCCCAUUGCCAUCGGAGUUGCUGUCAUGUCCACACCUGAGAUGCUGGCUUCAGGCUUGAAGGGAAAGGGCAUCACUGUGCUCCACACUUACCAGGACCACUUGUGGAAAUUUGGAGACAAGUCUGCUCUACCUUCCAUUGCUCCACUGGCCCUGGACCCCUUGGAUCUCUCUGAGGAGAAGGACUCUGUCCAGGUGGACCUGGCGCUGCAGGAAGACGUGAGGCACCUGCAUCUGAAGGCAGAGGAGAAAGGGAAUGAGGAGGCUCCUCAGCUGUGUGGGGAGGAGUCCCAGUCGGAAGCCACAGAAAACACCACUACCGAGGGCCAGAACCAAGACACCAUGGGCAGCAAGACCCUUGCAGAGCAAAUGGAUGUCCUCUUACAGCAAUGUUUCUUGCUUGCUUUGAAGAGCCGGGUCAAAAAGGCUGACCUCCCGCUACUCACCAGCACCUUCCUUGGCAGCCACAUGUUUUCCUGCUGCCCUGAAGGACAACAAUUGGACAUCAAGAAGUCGAGCUACCGAAAGCUCUCCAAGUUCCUGCAGCACAUGCAGCAGGAGCAGAUUGUACAGGUGAAGGAGCUGAGCAAAGGUGUGGAGAGCAUUGUGGCUGUGGACUGGAAACACCCGAGGAUCACAUCUCUCGUCCUAGCUGAGCUCUCCCCGACCUCCCAGCCUGUCCAGGAGGGCAGCAGGGAGCAGCCCUAUCACCCUCCUGAGAUAAAAUCCCUCUACUGUGUCCCAGCCAACAUGACCCUGCUCUUCCAGGAGUCUGGCCACAAGAAGGGGAGCUUCCUCGAGGGCAGUGAGGUCCGAAAAGUCAUCAUUAACUAUGCUAAGAAAAAUGACCUGGUGGAUGCUGACAACAAAAACCUUGUGAAGUUGGAUCCCAUCCUAAGUGACUGCCUCUUGGAGAAAAGUGAGCAGCACACGGUCCUGGCGCUUCCCUGGGAUAGCCUCCUGACCAGGUGUUUGGACAAAUUGCAGUCUGCCUAUCGAGUGACCUUUCCCGGGCAAGAGCCCAUUGUGAAGAAAGGGAAAAUCUGCCCAGUUGACAUUACGCUCGCACAGAGAGCUGCUAAUAAAAAGGUGACCGUGGUCCGCAACUUGGAGGCCUACGGGCUUGACCCAUACUCGGUGGCAGCCAUCCUCCAGCAGCGAUGCCAGGCGAGUACCACCGUCUCCCCCGCCCCUGGAGCCAAGGACAGCCUGCAGGUCCAGAUCCAGGGAAACCAGGUCUCCCACCUGGGCCGGCUGCUGAUCGACGAAUAUCAGCUCCCUCGGAAACACGUCCAAGGCCUGGAAAAGGCCCCCAAACCUGGCAAGAAGAAGUGACGGCCAGACUCUGUUCAUGCGGUUGGUCCAGUGGAAAUCAAGCUGGGGCUGGUAAUUUAUAUGCGCAUUUUCAGCUUUUGCAAAUAAAAAAUAUAAUUCUUUAA